GGCGAUGGCUCGGCCCAACGGGUAACCGCUUCCUCCUCCACAGCUCGCUGCUGUUCUUCCCAGGGCUUUGCCGCCGCUGUUGCCGCUGUGGCCUCAGAGGCGGGAGGGGGCAGGAAGGAGGAGGAGCGGGGAGCCGCCGCGGUGCGCGCCGAGGCCCGUCUUCGCGCGGGGGCCCAAGAUGUCGGUGGCGUUCGCAGCCCCCAGGCAGCGGGGGAAGGGCGAGAUCACGCCGGCUGCCAUCCAGAAGGUGGGCUGAGGGGCCUAGGCCGGGCCAGGCAGCCGAAGCCGGGGCUGGGGCUCAUUACAGGGGGGGCGGGUGAGGGAGGUCGGCGCCCCGGCUCGCGCCUGGGGCUGCUCGGGACGUUGGGAGCCCCCAAAAGUAGUCCUUAGCCGUUUUAAUGUGGCGCUUUUCCUUUCUCUUUCCCUGUCCCAACACCUCCCCGCUUAAUGGAGGGGUUGCAGUUGUGGCAGCCCUGCGAGGUAGGCCGCUAUUGUGACUUCCCCUAUGAAGGGGUUGACGGGAGGGGUGGGGUAGAGGUGGCUUGAAUAUCCAACACCGACUUUCCACUUUAAAUAGUAGUAAUGGUAGUAAUAAUAAUAAUAAUUUAUACCCCGCCCAUCUGGCUGGGCUUCCCCAGCCACUCUGGGCAGCUUCCAGCAAAAUAUUUAAGUACAAUCAUUCAUGAAAUAUUAAAAGUUUCCCUAAGCAGGGCUGCCUUCAGAUGUCUUCUAAAAGUCAGUAGUAGUAGUAUUGUGACUUGCAUUCGUCGAGAUCGGCAGUGCGGUUUUAGUAGUAGGUUUAAAAGUGUGGGAUUAGGACCUGGGAGACCAGGGUUCAAAUGCCCACUCCGCCUUGAUGGCCUCUGGGUGGCCUUGGGUCAGUCACUGCUUCUCAGCUCAGCCGAACUCAAUAGGGUUAUUUGAGGGUGGGUGGGGGUUAAAUGAGGAAGGGGAGAGCCAUGGCAUGCCACUUGAAGGCCCUGAACGUGGGAUAGAAAUGAAAUAAAUGAUAAUAAAUGUUGGAAAUCGGGAAAGCUCAAGCAGUGGCCCCACACAACAUAAUCAUGGAGUGGAAGAGAAGCGUAGAGCUAAAUGGAUUAUAGGGGAGGGGAAGGAGGAGUGCAUUAGCUGGAAUUGCUCAAGAAAUUGCAGAAAAUCUUGUUACAUGCAUGUGAAAAUGUCAGAGAUGUCCCACUAAUUAUAAGUGAUUCUCUCUCCUACCUCUCCUCCCCACCCCGAAGGCCCACAGCAUCCAGCAUGUUGCUAACUCAUGAUCUACUGAGGGGGGGGCACAAAUCAUUAUUUACUGAGUAAUAUAAGAGCAGGCAUUCAGGAUUAACACAGUGGUGAAGGCAGAGUAUAAGAGAAAUCAUAGCUCUUACCUACUGUUUCAGUAUGAAAAUUGGGGAGCAGUUGAUAUUAAAAGAACUUGCAUCUGGAGGUGUAUGUUUCAGCUGAAGUACUUUUACAGUAAGUUAAGUAGUUUAGAAGAGUGAAGAUUUUAAAGAGUUGCUGUAAGUUAAAUUGUUAUGCUUCAGGGAAAAUGAUGGAAAAGGAGGGUGGGCUGGUAAUGGAGAGGUUAGUAAUAGGGUAUGGGACUGUUAAGAUGCUAAAGAUAUAUUUGUGAUGCAAAAGUACUGUUGAAAACUUGAGAAACCUGGUGGUGGAAACACUUGCAGAACUGGAAAGAUCACUGUGGAAAGCAUAUAGAUAUUAUGGUUUCUGGUGUUGCUUAAUUCAUGGCAGUGGUAGUUAACUAAGAAUUUGAUGGUCUGCAUUCUUUUGAAGACAUUGAGGCUACAGUUUUAACACCAAUUCAUUGAAGUCCCAGAACUGUUUCUAAAUGGCUGAACUAGAAGUUACAUUUCUUUUUGGGCAUGGUGGAUUUUUUAAACCAUACAGUUUCAUCUUAAGUCACCUCCUCCCCAUCUGCAAUAUGGAACUAAUAAGACUGAUCUAUCAGUGGUGGUCUCACAAUUACAAUAAGAUAAUAUAUGUGAAGUACUUUUAUUUGCUCAAACUGGUGCUUGAGUAUUGAUUCUGUUCAAGUAAACUACACAGUUUUAAGUUCUAUAUUAUCUCUGGUAGCUAACUUCAUAAGUGUAGAAUCAAGAAUUUGAUGCUUUUAACUAACUGAAGUAAUAUAAGUAGUUAUAGUAGAUUUUUUUGUCUUUUACAGUGACUGCAUAAGACAAGAAAAAUGAAGUGUCAUAGCUCCAAUUGACAUUUCUUGAACGCAGAAAUUCCUAUUUUUUUCCUUCUAAAAAUUAUGAGUAAAUAAUUAUUGUGGGGGUGGGGAGGGAAAGGAAUAAUCUAUGUAUGACUAGGAAACUAAAGUGUUCCAGCAGUUUUACUGCUUCAAAAUACCUACGGUAAUUGCCCGCACUUAUUCAAAUGAAGCUUCUUUGAUUUUAGGUUGUCUGACUUUUCUAAUUCUGUCAUUCUUAAUACCACUAUUAAAGUUUAAGUAUGCUUAAGAUUGUGGUAGAACUUGAAGUUCUUGAUAGCUAAAAGGGAAACUGGGAAAAUCAGUUACAUAGUUGCUGUACCCUCCCCCUUAUUGAGGAAAAAGUACAACAGACAAAUAGCAGUGGUAAUGAAGCUGAACUCGGGAUUCCACAAGAGGGACCAAGAAAGUUUAUGAUCUGGGUUGAAAAGACAGAUUGUGACAAAAUCUAGCUCCAGUUGAGAUCAGUAAUCCUGUUGCUAUGAUAGGCAGCGACUCUGAAAGGAGGAAAAGGUCUUUUGCUAAACUUUCAAAAAGAAAAGAGAUUCGGAAGAAUAGAGUUCAGUGGGUGCUUGAAUGGAUUGACCUUAUUGAGAAUCUGUUUUAUUAUUACAGAUGUUGGAUGAAAACAACCAUCUCAUUCAGUGUAUAAUGGACUACCAGAACAAAGGCAAAACUUCAGAGUGCUCUCAGUAAGUUAAUUACCUGAAUGUAAUUCAUGUUCACUCUUGCCAUGUUCACUUUAACCAUGCUCUAAAGUAAUGUGCUGUGCAUACAGAACAGGUUUUUCAGGUGCACAAAACACAUUAUGCAAGCAAGUGCAUAAUCUCUAACUUCUGCUUAUAUAGCAUUAUUGUACAGUAUUGGUUGGUACAAGUAAUAUUUUUUCUGUUCAGUUAGCUGGUUAGUAUAUCUCAAACAUAUCCAACUGUUCAAUUGUGAUCAACCAGUAGAUCGGGGGAGUGAUCCUGGUCAAUCGCGGGAAUGUUGUCGCCCCCUGGCACUGGGUCCCGCCACCGCCACAGCAGGAAAUGCCGGGCUGGACGGGAAGCGCAAGGGAUGUUGCCCGGCCUGGCUGUGGCAGCGGCAGCUACAAGACCCAGUGGCGGGGGGGGGGGGGUGUGGCGACAUUCCUUGUCUGCUUGCCUGCCCCCUGGCCUGGCUGCUGUGGCAGCCCCGGCACUGGGUCCCUUUGACAAUGAGGGGGAAGGUGGGAGGGGGAAGGAGGGAGGGCAAGUGUGAUUGGAAUCCACAUCAGCUGUGUGGCUCACUUUGACAGAGGGAGGAGGGGGAAGGAGGGAUCAGGUUUUUAUACUGGGAGUGGAUCGCAGUCUCUUGAAAGUUGGAUGUGCCUGGUAUAUCUGUUUUGUGACAUGCACAUACAUAUGUGUGGGCCAUCAUGGUGUAAAAUUUUGAAUAGGCAAGUUAAGACAAUGGUGUGGUCCCUACAACCAGCAUUACCCAAAAGACCUCAUUCAACUAUCAACCAUCUACACAGGAAUGUACUUUGGAUAUGUAAUAAGGCUUUUAAGAGCUUUAAGAUGUCAGAAGCAGCACCUAGAAGUGGUGCCUAAAACUAAUUAAUAGCCAUUGUGUGGAGACCAAAAUUUGAGUAUUCUACAUCAAUUCCUGUUUCUGAGUUGUUUUUAAGUGUAGUCCAGUACAAAGUCUUCAUAAGAGGCUGCCGUUAGAAUAGCUACAUGGCAGUUUUUGACAGUAGUGACAUGAGAAUCUUUAACCUUAAACUGUAAACAUACUCUGCUUUUUUAUAGUUAUCAGCAAUUGUUGCAUACAAACUUGGUCUACCUAGCCACAAUAGCAGACUCCAAUCAAAAUAUGCAAUCUAUACUGCCACCAGUAAGUACCUUGUAAAUACAAUUGUGUGUGUUCUUUCUAAUGUAAAAAAUGUACCUAAAGAAAAGUUUAAUCACAAAUAUCUGUACUAAUUUUUCUGCAUGGCAUCUUCUACCUUGUAACAAACAUCUCUGCCCCAUAUAUCUCUAUUUGCAGUAUAUUACUAAAAUAGAACCUUGUGAAUAACACUUGCUUGAUUUCAUUGAAAAGGCUGUAAUUCUUAAUACAGGAUCAGUCAUAAUUAAAACCAGCCCAAUUCAGAUUGCUGGUUUUGACUUAUAAAGUCUUAAAUGGCUCAGGACCGCAAUACCUGAAGGACUGCCUCUCCCCAUAUAAAUGUCCCAGAUUCUAAGUUCAUUGGGGGCCCUUUUUUGUGUGCUUCCUCCAUGUGAGAUCUGAAGGGUAGCAACAUGAGAACGGGCCUUCUCUGUAGUGGCUCCCCAUUUGUAGAAUGCUGCCCCCAGGGAGAUUUGAUUAGCACCUUCACUAUAUGUUUUUAGGUGACAGGCAAAAACGUUCCUUUGGCUGAUUACUAUUCCACAGCCUUUUAAAUGUGUAUGUGGGAAGGGGGAUUCCUGUUUUGCUGAUUUGUUUUACUUAUUUACUUGUUUUUAUUCUGUAUUUUAUUCUGUGAACUGCCCUGAGAUCUUAUGAUAAAGAGCAGUAUAUAAAUCUAAUAAAUAAAAUAAAUGAUUAGAUUGUACCUUUAGCACAGAUUACCAAGUCUCUGUAUGGAUAUGGUACAGUGAUACAUUUUGUUUUUAAAAUAUUAACUCCAUGCAACUAAUUCUUCCAGUUGCUGAAGGGCAUAAGGACAUAAGAAGAGUCUGCUGGAUCAGGCCAAAGGUCUGAUUCUCUUUUGAAGCUAUCCUAGUUUGGUGGCCAUCACUGACUCUUGUGGGAGUGAAUUCCAUAGCUUAGCGUUAUGAAGAAGUACUUUCUUUUGCCCUGUAUCUUCCCUGAGUUCUAGUGUUACAAGAAAGAGAGAGAGAAACUUUUCUCUAUCCACUUUCUCUAUACUAUACUUAAUUUUAUACAGCUCUAUCUUCUCUAAACUAAUAGGUGCAAAGGUUAUAAUCUUUCCUCAGACAAGUUGCUCCAUCAGCUUGAUUAUUUUGGUUUCCCUUUUUUGAUGCAGUUUGGGAUCUCAUGUUAGGGUUUUCCAUGGGGAAAGUAAAGCUAAAUUCAAAGGUGUCCUUUUUUGCUUGCGUAAGAGGUUGCAUAACUACUUGCACAAGUGGAAGCAUGAUAAUUGCUAUAGAAUCUACUUAGCAUAGCAUUGCAUGAGCUGUAAUGCAACUUCUUCUCCAAGCACUUGCAGCUAUUUUCCUUCCACCCACAGUUAUUUGGAGCCAACCCAUUUAAUGCAACUUACCCUAAUAUUUGAUUGGUUGAAAAUGCCACUUAACACACUAUGGUUGUGCCCUAUGGUUUCAUAGUACCUCAUCACAAACCUUACAAGCCUUACAAGAGUUGUUAACCAAAAACACAUCUUUGUUUUCUGUUACCUCCAUGCUAGUUUUUGUUGCUGAUGUCCCCAACACACCCUUUUCUUUACAGCACAGUGCGGCACCAUCAACAUCGUCUCCCCACUGCCCCCUCUUUUUCAAAAAAUAUUUUCUGUGGUGGCAGCAGCACCACUGCAGAAAACUUCUCUGGCACCUUGGUUCUUGGAGAAGACCAAAAGCCAUUAACGAAAUCCAGCCUUUCUGCGCAAGAAUGCCUGUGGUGGUACUGCAGUUUGCCAGAGUGGCUUAAAAGGACUUUUAAAACAGAAAAAGUAAGCUUUAGAAUUGUUAAAGUCUAUCUAGCUGCUGUGGUCAACCAAACACCUAACCACCUUGCCCAAAUGCCUGGCUCUGUGAAGGAGCCCUUUUUCCAUUCUCAAGAAACUCCCAGGCCAGAUAGGGAAGUAGAGAUGGUGGCUAGCCAGCUGCCAUGGAUGAGAACCAAACUCGACUUCCACACGAAGUGAUGCCUCUACACACCACCAGCUGGAGCCAUUGAGUUCGUAGGUAGCAGGCUGGGCUGGUGAGGGGCACAUUUUUAGCCAGUGCCUGACUUGGGCAACAGUUGGUGCCAGACCUGUUGUAAUUGGGAGGUGGCGGAAAUGGUGCCCUCUAGAUGCUGUUGGAGUGCCACUCGCAUUAGACUAGAGCAUUGGUCAUGCUGGCUUGGGCAGUUGAUGGGAAUUGUAGCCCAAAGCUUCUGAAGAGUACCAGGUUGGCUACUUUUGUUAUUCAUAAUAAAUUUGAACUUUAUCCAAAUACAGCUUGGAAGACUAAUUAGGUUGACUUCUAUUCUCCACUGAGCAGGAGAGGAACUUGGACUGUCCCUUCCUCCCACCCUCUUAAAUAUGCUGCUCUGGCAGGGAAGAAAGGAUGCUAUUGUGGCUGCAUGCCAGCAUGCCAGCUGCAAGUUAUGCCAGUGUUGAGAAAGUUGCACUACACAGUGCUUCUUGCAUCUGGUAUGGAGCCAUAGCAAAAUACUAGAUGUCUCUACCUCCCCUUGCUGUUGCCACAAUUCUUUUUGUGCGGUGGGUGGGGAGAGAUGGAUAGAUGAGUGGGAAGGGCGAUGGGUUGUUGGGCGAUCCAAGUUCUUUCUGCAUUUGAGGAGAACAGUUUUUUAAGACAAAUUCCAAGCUUGGCAUGGGGAAUUUGCCCAUCUCUGCUUGCAACUACCUGAAAUCUUUCUUGUACCUAGAGUUAAAAAAUACGCUUAUUGCAAAAGAAUUAGAAGUUAGGCGAUAAAUAGACAAUGGAUGAAAGAGUGGAAGAAAUGUACAGGCUAGGGCUUUUAAAAAAUAGCUGAACACCUAAAGAAGAAAUCUGAAAACAGAUUCAUUUAUACUUACCUGUUUUUCUUUAUAGACUUCUUGAAGCAAACAAAUUAUUUGUUCAGCCCUGUCCUCUGGGAAAAUCUUACUAAUAUUCUUCAAACUUAAACAUUCUGCUAAUGUCUGAAAGAAUAGUUGUCUUGACACUUUUAUGCAGAUGUUUAUCUUAAUAUAACAUCUUUAACAUCCAUGAAAGUCAUAGCUUGCUUAUUUAGUGUUUUUAGAUGCCUUAGCUUUUUGAAAAUUGGAUCCAAACAUGUUUUUCCUUAAGCAUGAAUAACUGUAUUUAUUGCAUGGUUAUACACAUGUAAACCAAGUACGAUUUUAAAAAUGUUUCAAAAAUCCUUAUCCUAUACUGGAGUUCUCUAUUUAAAAGAAUUUCAGAAUCUUGUUUCUCUUGUUCCUGUAUUUAUCUAUACACAUUUAGUUCCAGUGUCUUAGUUAAAAGUGAAACUCAUAGUUUCUUUCCUGUUAUGUCUGCUUCUGGUAACUCAGUAACCCACUCCCUGACUUUCAUGAUCUGAUAGUGGGUACCAAGGAAACUUCAACUCUUUAGGUAAAGAAGUACACUUAAUAAUCUUGUUUGUGAAAGAUGUGUAAGUUUGAAACCUCAGUCCUGAACUUAGCUGUUCCACAAGAAUGGCUGUAUAGUUUCUUCAGGUCUAAUAUGCAUUUUAGAAAUGAAACUUAGGAACAUAGGAAUCUGCCUUUUACUGAGUCAGAGCAUUGAUCUAUUUAGCUCAGCACUGUCUGCUCUGACUGGCAGAAGUUCAUCAGGGUUUCAGGCAGGAGACCUUUCAGGAUUUUCCCAGGAUGGAGUUAACACAGACAAUGACUUCUUUCCAGAACUGUGCCACUAUAGGGCAUGACUAGAUUACAUGUUUCACUGCCACCCCUGGUGUGCCACAUUGACAACAUAUGUCUUUGGGUUCAAGAUACUUCAGGUAGAUGUGGUGAAAAAGGCCAAGUUUUGGUGGAUUAGGUAUAAUAGAAGGUCCAAGAAACAAAAUUUAAUAGGGGCCAAAACAGUUUGCUAUUGUCUCAAGUGUAUAGGGCAGUCCAGCUGUCUAUGCAUCCCUCACAUUGGCCAUCCACAUCACAUUUCCCAUUACCCAGUAGGUUUUUUAAAAAGGUAAGAGUGCGUGGGUUUUGAAUAGUUUACCGAGGGUAUGUGGUCCUCCAACAACCCCUGGGUUCAGAGGCACUUAAAGCUGCUGGGCCAAAACCAGAAACUAAAAAGUAUUAAAAUUGCAACUACUGUCAUUCUGCUGCAAAGGGCAGGGCAGAAAGUCUUCCUCUCUAGGCUUACCUUUUUUUUAGCAUGGUGACUCCCACCACCACUUAUCACUUCCAUUGCACCAUCAUGCCCCCUGUAUGUACAGGGUUUACACCAGAUGGUAAGUUUCCCCUGGGAAUAGUGUCUCAUGAUUACUUCACAGGUCUGUUUACACAGCUGUAUGAUAAGAGCCUUCCCUGUUCGUGGGAGAUUCUCAUGGGAAGUAUGAUGGGUAGUCUGUCCUUUGAAGUUCCCUUCUUUGACUUUCCUAGAGGAGACUGCCAUGCAUUUAUAUACCUUUAUUUUGCUUUCCCUCUAAACUCUUGCAUAAUCCUUUUGCUGAUGUAAUAGGGGAGUUGAUUUUUGAAGAUUUUCUCUGAAAUUCUGCAUACCACCUCAAACACCUCUUCAACCCUCCGGAGCAGAUUUUCAGGUGGUUGGAAGUAGAGGGGGAAUCAGCAAAACUUGCCUGCUUCCUCUUCUUUGAGUGCAAUAGAAUGCUCUUCCCUGAGCAGAAUUUUUUUGCUCUAUCCCAGUGUCCCUGCGGGAAUUUAUGGGAUGACUCGCUUAAUCAUAGAAUCAUAGAAUUGUAGAGUUGGAAGGGAUGACAAAAGUCAUCAAGUCCAACUCCCUGCAGUGCAGGAAUCUUUUUGCCCAACUUGGGACUCAAACCCACAACCUUACAAUUAAGAGUCUCAUGCUCCCCACAGGCACCCUGAAGUCAGCUAGUUCAACCCCCUGCCACGCCGAAAUCUCAACUAAAGCAUCCAUGACAGAUGGCCAUUCAAACUGCUUAGAAACCAGCACCUUCCUAGGGAGCCUGUUUUCAUAUUCAACAUUAAAGUAAAAUCCUGAAUUUAUUUUGUAGCAGGUACAGAUAAAAAGGUUGACAUUCUAAAUAAACAGCCUAUAAACAGCCUGAAUUGUGAGGAGAAAGUCUGUGCCGGAAUGGUCAUACUGGAAGAUAGUGCUGUGCUGCAAAGUCUUACCAGUCAUUUAGGGAAGUUUAAUAUAUCAGGAGAAGCAAGGCACAUGCUGAAGAACUUGGUUAAUGUACCACAUGUAUAUGAUGGGUAUUUAUUGUACUAACUUCUUCUGUUUCAUUAAAUUGUCUUUCAGCCACCCACACAGAAUAUGCCAAUGGGUCCAGGAGGAAUGAGUCAGAGCGGCCCUCCCCCACCUCCACGUUCUCACAAUAUGGGUUCAGAUGGUAUGGUAGGUGGGGGCCCUCCUGCACCGCACAUGCAGAACCAGAUGAACGGCCAGAUGCCUGGUAAGUUUUUUCUCCAAGAAGACAUUAACACCAGGGUUGCUCAGCAACUGAAACAACAUGUGGGCUCAAGGGAUAGAAGAUUGUUGACGACAAAACUGCUUUGAAUGCCCCCUGAGUACAAGCUCUCUAAGUUUGUUAGCUACAGAGCUAUGUGACCUGUAUUCUGUGUUUAUCAGGCUGCCCUUGGGCUUUGAUGUAGCUGACACACAGCAUUCCUCUGAACAGAACUGGCUAAAUUUAGUCUGUCUGAAACCAUACAGUUACAGCUGUGUUUAGAAGGCUUUCUGAAGAAAGGUACUGGCCUGUGGUUGAAUAAAUUCUCACUGAAAGAUUAUCUCAUGCUAUCACAUCUAACUUAGUGUGAUAUGUAAGAGGUGAAGCUGAUGGAAAAGUCACUUAGACAGAAAAUCUAAUUUCUACUAAUCUUCUCUAUGGUACAAUGGCGGGGGGAGGGCUGUAUAUCAAGCAAGUUGUCUACAAUACCUCAACAUGAUUUUUUCCGUUCUAAACUUGAAGUCAAGUUUUUAUUACAGAAUAAAAGUGUGUGACAUGUCAGUGCUUGCAGGAUAAAAGCAAAACAGUGUUUCAUGUUUUUAUCAGUUUUAUUAAGCUGUAUUUUUCUGGGGAAAGAUUGGCAAUAGCACACAAAAUGUCAUUGAAGAAGGAAUCCCACCCUACUGUUUGAAUACCAUAACAACACAAGAAAAGCCAUGCUGGAUCAGACCAAAGGCCCAUCUAGUUAAGCAUCUUGUUCUCACAGUGGCCAACCAGAUUACUGUGCGAAGCUUGCAAGCAGGAUGUGCAAACAACAGCAUUCCCUCCACUUGUAGCUGGUAUAUGGUAUAUGGAGGCAUAUUGCCUCCAAGGAUGGAGGAGAAUGCAGCCAUUGAUGGUCCUAUACACCAUGAAUUUGUCUAAUGCUCUUUUAAAGCCAUCCAAGUUGGUGGCUAUCGCUACAUCUUGUGUCAACAAAUUCCAUUGUUUAACCAUACCACUGUUUUAACCAUUUCGGGUAUUAAUUAAAAUGUUUCAAAUCUGUAUAAACGUGACUUUGGGUCAUCAAUAGAGUGCUACAUUCAGCAUGUACAAAGCUUUAGUCAAUGUAGGAAAUGCUAACAGUGAUGCAAAAUGUUACUUCUUUUGGAAGGGCAGUAUGACUAAAUAUGCAGGAAAUUUCAAUCUUCUAAGUGUGUUGUGUUUAAGUGACAAACCUUAUUGAGCAGCCUAGAUGAUUUUUAAAUGAGCAUCAUAGCUCUGUGAUUGUGUGUUUCAAGACAUUAAUAUAGAAAUUAUUUUUCUUCAAAGGACCUAAUCACAUGCCUAUGCAGGGGCCUGGACCCAACCAGCUCAACAUGACAAACAGUUCCAUGAACAUGCCUUCAAAUAGUCAUGGGUCCAUGGGAGGUUAUAAUCAUUCAGUGCCAUCCUCUCAAAGCAUGCCUGGACAGAAUCAGAUGACAAUGAGCCAAGGACAGCCUAUGGCAAACUAUGGUCCUAGACCAAAUAUAACCAUGCAACCAAAUCAAGGUAAAAGAAUAAAUUUCUACUCUUUAUUAUUAUUUUAUUAUUUCUCUUUAAUUAAUUUGUAUACCACCCUUCAUCCAAAGAUCUCAGGGUGGUUCACAGCAUAAAAUUCCUCCUUUUCAUCAAAUAAGAUAAAAUGAUUUCAAGGUGUUUAUUUGGAACUGAGUUACGCUAUUGAAAAGUAGAGUUGGUUUCUGAUCUUUACUUGUUGAAAAUGUCUGAAAAAUAGGUUUUUUUAUCAGUUAAGAGUUCAGAAAAGCAAAGUGAGCCAGACAGAGCAGCUGUGAAUCCAAGCAACUUGGAUUUUCUACAGUUUGCCACACAGUGAAAACAAGGUUUUUGUGAACAACUGUUUAAAUCAUAGCAGGUUUUAGUCUGUAGGUAGGAAGAAGUAGAGUUGGCACACCACUGUGAUUAUAAUAAAGAGAAAAGGUACCUAAAAUUAUAUGUUGACAGGUUUUCCAAAUCUUUCACACAGAGGACCUGAAGCAGGGUUUUAGCAAAUUGUUAAAGCAAACACAAGGUUGUGUUGCAGGAAAUCUUAGAUUAUAGUCUUCAAGAUCCUGUACUAUGCUAGAUCAGCUGAAGCCAAUGAAACUUUUCUAGCAUAUUCAACACUUUACAGUAUAAGGUUUGGCCAUCUUUCUUUUUGAGCAGGUUCUGCCUAUCCCUAUAUGUUUUUGUAUAUUAACUACUAUAUUUUGCAUAUUAGCCUUAAAUUACUUUUUGUUUAUCUUGUAGAAAAAGUUUUGCAAGACAUUUUGUGUUUCUGGUGCCCCAAAAUUGUUAUUUGUCAAAGCUGAUAAUUAGAAAAGUUAAUGUUUCUUUUUGUUUGUCUUGAAUGUAGGUUAUAGUUAGAAUGAAUGCAUAAAAUGUUGCUAUGGCUUUUCUCACUGUAGGCCCAAUGAUGCACCAGCAGCCGCCUUCUCAACAGUAUAACAUGCCCCAGGGAGGUGGACAACAUUAUCAGGGACAGCAGCCACCAAUGGCAAUGAUGGGUCAAGUUAACCAAGGAAACCAUAUGAUAGGACAGAGGCAGAUUCCUCCAUACAGACCUCCACAGCAAGGUAAGAUUCAAAGUUGCCAAUUUUACCACUUGAUUAAUUAACACAUAAGAAAAACUUUCAGCUGAUUUUCUUACCUAUAUCCUGUUCUCUAUAUUCUUGACAUACAUUCUGUAUUUAUCUAAAUUUUUCAGAGAAGGCCACAAAAGUUUAUAGUACACAAUUUUACGUGUGCACCUGCCUGCUCUGUUUAUCAUUUCAGGCCUAAAAGAGUUAGCUUUUGCAAAGCUUUUCUGCCUCAGAACAUAAAGGCAAAUCCCCAAACAAGUGGCUAUUUCCAAUCCUGUACUAUUAUGUUUUCCUCAAAAUAGUACUUGAAGCCAAAAGGUCACUAUUUUGGAAUUAAAUGUUGAAACCUGUUUUUUUCUGUUCUAAUUUUCAUUUUUGAAUCAAAAAUUAUAUAAAAAGAUAAAACUUCGCUUAAAUCUAUGUUCAGUAUAUGGAAUACUGUACAAUCUGUACUAAUGUAGAGUGGAAUUGACAAGUUGCACACUAGACAAGAUGAGAUGGUUUUCAAAAACUAUCUGCUUUUUCUUUUCUUUUUUAAAGAGCAACAAGUAUGUAUAUAUAUACACACAUAUAUAGAUAUUGUCUUUCUGUUUUUAGAAAUUUAUAUUCGCAUCAUCUUGGGUAUAUAAUUCAGUCAAGUUGCUGUAUAUAUAUAAUACAUACCUGUUUAGUCACAAAGCAUUAAGUAUGCUUUCUGAAACACAGUGACACGGGUGGGGGAAGUCUUAGAUGAGGACUGUUUCUCAUAGUAAACUGAGAAAUUAGUGAGCGUGCUAACAGAGAAAAUAAGUUAUUUACAUAUUGACUGGUUGUGGUUUUUCAGGCCCACCACAGCAGUACUCAGGCCAGGAAGACUAUUAUGGGGACCAAUACAGUCAUGGUGGACAAGGUCCUCCAGAAGGCAUGAACCAGCAAUAUUACCCUGAUGGUAAUUUCUCAUAAUAUUAAUUUUCCCAUUUUACAUACCUGCCCAUUACCAGUUAUAUAUAAAGCUAUUUGAUGAACAACUUUUAGCAGCUGAUCACUAGAACACUUCUUAUAUUUACUAAAGCUUGUAAGUUCAGUAAUCUGAAACCCUAUGGAUAACUUUAUUUUACAGCUCACUCAAAGUAUAAACUUUGUAACUUCAGUUCUAGUACCCUGAUACAGAUUUUAUCAGAAUUCCCUCUUUUGGCUCAAGAUAUAUUAAAUUCUUCACUGUUUGUAGGACACUUGAUGCAGUCAUGUAUUAUGUCUGCUUUUCAAUAUCAUUUUGCUUAUAAAAAGAAAUUUUAAAGCUCAAUACUUACUUAAGAGCUGUUAACAAAACAACCAACAUGCUUUCAAAGUCUUUUCUUUCUGUGUGUUUUAAAGAGCAAGCUGCGGUUGCAAUUACUUUGACCCAGUUCGUGGCUGCAUUCUAUGCUUGCAUUGCAGAAUUCUAGAUAACUCCAUUUUUCCUUUUAACAUUUUUCUGCUUUUGGAAAUCACAUAAUUUUGGGAAGUACAAAUUCUGGCUCUUAGCAUUGUAAAAUUUUCUCGUAAAUUAGAAAUUCUUAUUGUAUAUUAUAGGGAAAUGCAAGGAUGUUCCUCAGGAAAUGAAAUUUUUAAAUUCAAUUUUAAUGUAUGGUAGUAAAGGCAAAUUAAAAAUAUAUUGAUGGAUUCAUUGCUGCUGUAAGAGCUAACAUGACACUUUGUACAUUAAUUUGUGGCACACAAUAUAAUACCUUUUUCAGAGCAACUAUUUGUUGCAAAUGAAUUGUGUGGUGUGUUUUUCUUAACGUGUUCAGAUAGAAUUUGCUGAUAUUUUACCACAUUUUUAUCAUUCAUCACCAUCAUAUUCAUGGUUUACUUAAUCCACAUGUCAGGAAAUCAGAUUUCCACACCCCUAAUUAUGGUUCAAGUUAGAGCCAGUUUUGUAACAUGUAAAAGUAUGGUAAGGCAGAGUCACACAAAAGCACUCUUUCAUAUUCUAUCAAUCACUGCUACAACUUCCCCCUUGGAAGUCAUACUGUGUCUUAUCUGGCUGCUAGAUGUUAUGCACAAGACCAAACCAAAAGUGUAAGCUGCCAAGAGAACGUGAACUAUAGAGUGGCUUAUAAAUGGUAUAAAAUACAUAAAAUUAUGUUUUCAGCUGUGGCAUAAGUAACUUUUGUGAACAUUUUCUAAAGUCCAUUUGCAGCUAGAUGAAUUAGAGCCACUAUGUUCUGCUCUGUUCUUUUCUGUUUGGCAAAUGCCAGAGUUGUCUUGUAUAACAUGAUUUGCAAAUCAUGUCUUUAAUUAUGAAAAGGUAUUUUUAACUGACAAAAAGUAGCAGGAUAUGGAAUAUGCAGUUGAUUAAAAUUUGGGAUACCUAUAAUCAGGAAUGAUUUUAUAUACAGAUAGUAGCCACAAAAGUUGAAAGCAUUUUGAAAAAUGUACUACUUUUUAACUAAAAGAAGCAUAUUAUUACUGACCAUGGUCAAUAUUACUUAAUGAAGUAGAUUUCUAAUUACAAGCAGGAGAAAUAUGUGAGAACUUAAAGCAAGCAUCAGGUAGGAUGUUUCUUUUACCAACUGGAUCCUAAUGGCAGGUGUCCAUAGCAUUUACUCAUUGCGCUUAUACGAUAAAGGAGAAUUUGGAAGGAAAGCUGUCCUUUCUCUUGUGUCCCCCCGCAAAGGAUUGCUGUGGAUAAUAGUUACAUUGGGGCAGGGGAAGAUAAGUAUUAUUUUUUAGAUAUGCCGUACAAAAAAAAAGCAAUGAAGUUUUUUGGAAGUUCAUUGUAGUGUAUGCUGCUUUUAGCAGCAUAUGGUUUUGAAUUGGAAAUCAGUAGAACAGGUGUAUGAUAAUUGGUUUCUUUGUUCAUUCUAAUUAAAUUCAGGUUAUUUACAUGUGCAAGGACUAAAUGCUUUUAUUUUUAUAAAAAAAGACAAAAGUACUCCCCACCCCCCCACAACAAAGAUGAUCAGAAGCUUAAGACUAUCCCUCACUGUGAUGUUGCUAGAACUACUUCAUUAGCUGACUUUUUCAUAUCACGUGUUAAUUCCGUAUAAAAGGAAAUCCUAUUGGUAAAUCCUUCUAAAUCAAUUUGAAGGUUCUUUUUAAUGUAUUUCCAGCUGACACUGAUUUUUCAGUAAGAUGAAAACUUCUUAGGAUUUUCACUCAGAGGCCAUUAACGUUUCUUCCUGUCUCUUGUCGAAUUGAUGUAGGUCAUAGUGAUUACGGUUAUCAGCAACCGUCGUAUCCUGAACAAGGCUACGAUAGGCCUUAUGAGGAUUCCUCCCAACAUUACUACGAAGGAGGUAUCUAUAUACCUUCACACACACAUGCGCACAUACAUUCCUUUUCCUCUUCCCUUCCACAAAGGAACGAAAUCUUGCACAAUAUAACCUAUUUCCUGCCCAUGCAAAGCUCUUGUAGACUACUAGUCGCUGGCUGUUGAGAACUGCAGGGAACUUGAAGCAUUCAAAAUAGUUUCUUGCAACAUCUAAACCUUAAUUUGUCAUUUCUAACAGCAGUAAAAUGACUAAAACACCGUUGGCAUCUAUUCAAAUCGUACCUUUUUAUUUAAACAUAAAUCCAUUGGUCCAGUUGUAUAUUUUGUGUGUAUGUGUACAUACAAAUAUAGUGCCAUUAGGAAACAGCUUGCUGAUUUGUGUAGCUAGUUUGUGCUCUGUAGCUGUCUUUAAUUUUGUCCUUUUUUUAUUUAUUUAGCAUAGUCAUGGCAUUAUCAAGUCAUGACAUCACGUUCCAGUAAACUUAAUGCUCAUUUGGCAGAGAUGCUGAAAAAUGCUGCAGUUUAGCCUUGCAAAAUCUGGCUUUAACUGCAGUUUGUUUGGCCUAAUUCCUUCUGUUUUGGUUUGUUUGUUUUCUUGGUUUUGUUCAGUUUUUGAGAUCAAGACUGGAUUUUCAUUUUGUUUUUGUGGUGUUCACUGUGCAUAUUAAAACAAGUGGGGAAAGAACUAGAAAAAGUGCCUUUAACUGUCCUUGCUUAACCUCAUGUUUCAGGAAACGCGCAAUAUGCUCAGCAGCAAGAAGCCUACCAAGCACCACCUCAGCAGCAAGGCUAUCAACAGCAGCAGUAUCCAGGUCAGCAAGGUUACCCUGGGCAGCAGCAAGGUUAUGGUGAGUAAAUAUAUAGUCAGGGGUAUACAACCUAUGGCACUAUAUAGUUGAACUUCAACUCCCAUGAGCCUUGUCCAUCAUGGCCAAUGGUCAGAGAGGAUGGGAGGUGAAAUCCAGCCAUUUUUGGAAGGUUACAGUUUCCCUAUCACUGGGCUUUCUGCUUUUAGUUUACUUCUUUAUCCUUUUGUAGCUGUCUGUGGAACCAAAAUGUCAAUUUACCAGCAGCAAUAGAGCAUUUAUGCACCAACAGUCACAGAAGGUUCAAAUCCACAGGCAGUUUAUAAAGCAGGAUUAUACACACACUCCCCAUGUGGCUAUGGGGAGAGGAUGGGGAGUUUUCACUUCUGUUAUUAAACUAACCAGUAAACCAUAUGCCUUGAAAAAUUUGUUUUCAGAUAACACUUCUCCACUCUGUUAAAAGUAACAUUUGAAAGCAGCAGUUUCAAAAUCAUUUUUGACAUCCUUUGGCUCAGUUCCCUUCCUACACAGUAAUUGGGAAGGACGUAGGUAGAAUAUGCCUAAUACACACAUUUGAAUUGCCAUUAUUUGAAAGUUAGUCUUGUUUAUUUCUGUAUAACUUCCAAGUGAAAUAAACUCAAGAUCACAGCCUUCAUGGUGUUAAUUUAAAACAAUAUUUUUGGUCUCCUAUAAGUUCUGAAAUUGAAACAGACUGUGAUAGAGUGCAUUUGUGUGUUUUAUCUUUUGCUUUUAUUCAGAUUGAGCAACUCUCAAAAUCAGUGUUGCUUGAUGUGCUAGUUUUUCUAAUUUCAGCAUCUCUUAAUGUUCUCUACAGCUUUAAUCUGUUUCGUACAUAAAUAGAAAGAUCAGUGUCUAACCUUGCUCUGAACCAUUUUGCAAUAUGAAGUAAACAUAAUAUAGAUAUUUUCAUCCUCAUUGAAUGCCUAAGAUGCAGACUGCAAUCUGUGCACGCAAACUGAAGGUCACUGAAGUGAAGCUUCUGUGAACAAAUUUCUGCCUGGUUAAGGAAUUCAUUGGGUUGUAUCCAAUGCAAUAUUCGUACAAGGAUGCUUAUAUAGAGGGAAUUAUGAAACCCCCCCUUCCCACUGCAGCCCCUUUCACCCUUGAAAAACUUUCCCCAAGACUAAGGCAUCAGAUGCCAUUGGGGGCGCUGGCAGAGAAUUGGGUAGAGGUAACUUGCACUCUCCCAAGAGUGGCUGGUUUGGUGUGGUGGAGCUGCCCUCCUAACACACCUGUCACUGCCUUCUUACCUGAACAAUGCUAGGGCAGGCUUGGGACCAUUGGGCUGACACUGCCAGUGUGCCUGCACAGCCCUGCCCCUGCAGCAUCUGGGUAAGUGGCAGCAAUACUCACCCUGCUGUUGUCGUCUCCUCUUUCCAGUAUCCAGCCUCCCACUGCAGCCCUCUUGCUCCAUUUGCUAGGCCUCAGGAAAUGCUUUUCAGGGGGCUGCAGUAGAAAGGAGAGAGUGGGGAAUUUAAUGUGUGUAAGCAUCCUUUUGUUCUUACAGCAUUGAAUGGACCCGACUGGUAACAGUCAGUGUUGCCUAUUAAACAAACAUGAGGCUGCCUCAAUCAUACCAGAUCUACAAGUAAGGGUGUUGUUGUUAGUAAAUUUUUAUACCACCCUACAUCUAAAGUUCACAGGGUGGUUUACAGUAUAAAGUUGUAGGUCAAGGAUGAUGGGAGUUGUAGUCCAGAAACAUUUGGAAAAACAGAUUCCCAUCAUCCCUGAAUGCCAGCUGGAGGAGAUGCUGCUGCGGAAGACCAGUACCUUCUUAAACUCAACUUUAGAUAGCUUUUAUAGCGUGACUGCUAUGUAAUAAACAUUGGUCAGCAUCCCGACUACUGCAGUACUAGUACUUAGUGCCCAAGAAAGCUUUUAGCAGGUGUUCCUUGAACACCAGUCUUUCCUUCCACAUUGCUGGCACCAUGUCUAGUUUUGAAACAGAUGGGACUUCCAAGUGUAGUUUGUGAUAUGCCGUGAGAGUUUGCUGUUCAGAGGAAAGUUGUCAGACAUCACGCUGAGCAUCCAUUUAGGUGUCUUAAGGUACACCAUUGAAGUGAUAUCCUCUAUAAGGCAAGCAGGACAAAGUGAGCAAAUCUGUCAUCUCUGGAAAGCCUUCCCUCUACAGCCCUUGUUGUUGCAUUGGCAAGCAGUGUUCUGUAGUGUACUUAUAUUCAUUGUGAGACUUGAAUUUUAACUUAAUUCCUAGCUGCUGGAUUCCAUCCUAAACAGCAUUCUCUUUUAAACAAGCAAAUAACAUAGUUUUAUUUGAAAUGUUAAUAUUACUGUAUUUGAGAGAGACUAGAUAAAUCAGUGAUCUGACCCAGUAUGGAGGCCAAGUACUGUGGAUGUAAACCACACGUUUGCAGCUUUUGUUGAACAGACUUCUUUAAGCAGUAUGUAUUUUUUUUCCUCGGUAGAGCAAAGAGGAUAUUGGAAGGUAUCGGUGUCUUUCACCAGUGCAAAAUGACAAAUGUGUCAGCUUGUAGAUACAUACUCACUAUAUGAUAUGUAACAAAUAUGCUUCCUAGUGUUGGAUCAAGUUAAGUUAAUAACUGCGUAAAUAGACUUGGCUAUAUACUAGAGUUCCCCUACUGAUUUUUAGAUAUUCAUAGCUCUUUUAGUUUAAUUGGAUCCUGCAGAGUCUUUAUAGGAGGCAUCAAAGAAUUUGGACACUAGAUCCCAACAGCUUUGUUCUAAUGUUUUUCCCCAAUUGUAGAACAAAGAGAUUCCGCCACCAAAAGCUAUUGAAAAGGCGGAUAGAUUGGAAAGUGACAAGUAAAGCUUUGAAAAGAGUUUCUUCACUUGUCUUUGGUGGGCAUCUAUCUGGUAGGCUCAUAGCCACACUCUUACUGCCUGCCAGAAAGCAAAAACAACAGGGUGUAUUUAUUAAGGGGGGAAAGGGUUGUAUUCUUUGUACUUUUUUCCAGAGUUUAAACAGAGGGACAUGGUAAUUAUAAUUUGGCCUUGAUAAGUCACUGCUAUGAGCUCAGCUUAACAAAAUUGUCAUGUUUGUAAAAGAAGAAAGAUAAACAUAUAAAAUGACUCGUAUCUUUCAAAUCUGGAUAGCAGAAAUUAUUCUUGCAAACCUGGAGUUAUAAUAUUAAGCAAGGAAGAGUCACAAACUUUCUAUGAUUCAUGCGGAAAGGUUGCAUCAUUUAGGCCUUCCUUGUUUAGAGAAAAGGUGAAUAAGAAGGGACAUGAUAGAGGUGUAAAAUUAUGUGCGGUGUGGAUAAAGUGGAUAGAGAAAAGUUUGUCUUCAUUUCACAUAAUUGUAGAAUUCAAGAGUAUCCAAUGAAGCUGAUUGUUGGAAGAUUCAGGACAGACAAAAGUAUUUCACGUUGUAUUUAAGCUACAGAAUUAUCUCACUUAAAAGGUAGUGAUGACCACUAACUUGAAUAGCUUGUAAAGACGAUUAUACAAGUUUAUGGAGGUCAAGGCUAGCAAUGGCUACUAACCACAAUGUCUGUUUUUUUACCUCCACUGAUGGAGGCAGUAAGCCUCUGAAUGCCCAUUUUUGGGAAUCCCAUGCAGGGAAAGUGCUGUUGCACCCAGUCCUGCCUACUGGUUUCCCCAUGGCAUCUAGUUGGAAAUGUGAGAAUGGGAUGCUGGAUUAGAGGGCCCAGUUGGUGUGAUCAACAGCCUGUUCUGACUUUUUGAAAGAAAUAGUUUGAUGAUUAUGAUUUGUUUCUGACUUUGUAGUUUUAAUGUUUGAGUUGAUCCUUGUUUAAUUUUGCUCUAUAAAAUAUUUCAGGUCCUUCUCAAAAUGCUCCAGGACCUCAGUAUUCCGGUUAUCCCCAAGGGCAAGGGCAGCAGUACGGAGGAUAUCGGCCUACGCAGCCUGGGCCCCCACAACCACCACAACAGAGGCCUUAUGGAUAUGACCAGGUGCAGUUUUUGUAUUCCCAUUUUAAUAUUUUAGCUUUCAAUUUGUCAUUUCAGGUACAAAUUAUUACACAUUUCAGUUUUCAGUCUUUGCAGGCUUAUCGUGUAUCCUCUUUAGCCCUCUUUGAAGGAACAAAUUGGUUACAGCUAAUCUGACAAAAUUAAUGUUUAGUGAAUUUACUGAAAGUCAAAUUCUAAAACAAAAUUCAAAGUUAGUGUGCAUUAUUGUUCUCUAACAAAUGCUCAGCUGUGCAGUGUGCCAUGUAACCCUCUGUCCUGCAGUGGAUGCAGGUUGGUUUAAUGCAACACCAUAAAAACUUCCCUUAUAGCUUUAUCUGUCUUCUGACUUUUAUAAUAUUUCCAGGCCACAUAGAAUCAAGAGGUGCAACUCUGCUGUUUUAUUUAUUUAAAAAUCAUUUCUUGUCAGCUUUUACAAAACACUCAAAGUGGCCUGAGUAAAAUUAAGAAUACAUAAAACAAUAAAUUUAAUUUAGCUACUGGGCUUUGGUGUUGUUCUUAGAUACAGGUUGUAUACAACUUGCAUUUUACUCAGUGUAUACACAUUGAAAGUAAUCAAUUAAUCAAGUUAGUCAUGUUCAUUAAUUUCAACUUAAAUUACUCAGAAUAAACCCAUUGUAAUUAAUGGACACUAAGUUAUGCCCAUUAAUUUCACUAGGUCUGCUCUGAGUGAAACUUAGUUGAAUGCAUCCCACAGGGUCUACUAAUAGAAAUACUUUAUUGUCACUGUACCACUUGUUUACAGCGAGAUUAAUUAUUUAUAUUUUUAUAUAUUUAUAUAUUGUAUUUUUAUUUUAAUUGUAAGCCACUGUAGGAACACUGUAGUUUUGAAGGUGCAGGGUUUAAAUAUGGUGAACAAAUCUGCCGGUUUUGUUGGAAUGUCAGAACAAUAAGUUAAAGUCUGAAGGUCUUUAUUGCCAGUUCCAGUUUCUAAGAAAAUCAAUAGUGUCAAGUUUACAAUUGAAAUUUUAAAACAAAUCCCAUUUGCCAUUACUUUAGCUUUAGAAGAAGUGAAAGUUCAGGGGUAUGUGCAAGUCUUAUGACUUUGGGACAUAUUCCAGGUGUGUUGUUUUUUUCUAGGAAAAUAAGGAAACCAACAGUAUAUUUACAUUCAUUCUCUCCCUCUCUCUUCUUAGGGGCAGUAUGGAAACUACCAACAAUGAAAGAAAAACAAAAAUCAGGAAAUAACCAGUAAAUUUUAGCAGCUGUAUUGCCUCUUCAGUAUUGUGGACAUCUCCUUUUGAAGAGAAUAUUCUAGUUUAUCUAGUUUGGGAAACAAGAGAAACAGAAGAAAAAACAACCCUGCAUUGUUGAUAAAUGGCUGCUUUUCAGUAUAUUGCCUGUCUGGACUAGUUUAUAAACAAAAGUGAUAGUCUUUCUAAAAUAAUUUUGCAUCUGUACUCUAGAUGGCAAUAUUGGACAGAGAAUACUCAAUUUUGCAAGGAGCUUAGAACUAUACAUCAAACAAACUGUUACAAGCUGAAAUGUGUGAACAGCAUUGUAUGUUUAUGAAGGUUAAGGGAAUUUGAUAUUUUUCCACAGAUUCUUUUGUAAGGGGAAGGGGAAAAUUUUUACAGCAGCAAUAUUUUAUAUAUUAUGUUUUUCAUAUGGAAUAUGCAAGGCAGUACACUACGCACUGGGCAAGGUCAGAAACCCAUAUAGAUUGGCACAUGAUGCAUUCUUUAUUGUGUUAGUCUCAUUGUUGUAUGAAAGAGAGAUGCUCAACCUACAUUCUUGACAGACUGGUAUGCAGAAUUAAUACCCCAUCUAUUUAAUGACAGGAUGAUCAUGGACAAUAACACAGUCUAGUAUAAAGAAUUAAUUUUUAAAUAUUUUGUGCAAAGCUCUUUUGUAAAAAUGGUUUCUAGCAGUGGCAAUUUUCUGUAAUAUUAUUAUUUUGGUAACAAGAAAAUGUUCAGAUUGGAUUUGUAAGUGUCUUGUAAUGGUUUCACAUAAAUCAAGCUGUGAUCUUUUUCUGAUUGCAGUAACAAGGAAUUUUAAAAAGUGUUCAUUUAACCUGGCUUGAAUAUACAAAGUAUUUAAAAACAAAUUAUAGAUAGGUCGACAUGUAUUUUAUUUCAUAAGUGUAUUUAACUUUUAGUAGGAACAUUUCUAUGUAACAAAAAUAGUAUAGGCACUUUUGUAAAACUCUUGUCUAAACUUUAUCAUAUGAGAGUUAAGAAAGAAGGCAUUUGUUGUUUUAUGUCCAUUUUCAUACUGGUUAAUAUGAGACCAAGACCAGGUUCUAGUGAGGUUUUUUAAAAUGCCAAACUCCAUUGUGAACUGCAUUAAUUUUUAGUGUUGUGUGUGAGUUAGCCAUCACUUGGAUUAACAGCAGAGCCAUAGAGAACACAAAACUGUUUGAGAUCAACCUGCAAUUGUUUUCUCAGGUGCAUCACCAUAGAGUGUGUUGCACAGAAAUACAUGCAUUUAGGCUGUCUUAGUAAAUAUUUUUAAAAAUAUAACUAAAAUUGGCCCAGGAGUUAGAUAAGUUUAUUAUGUGUUGCUAUAUUUUUACAUGAUAAGCUGUACCUGAAUGCAUAAGACAUAAAAAGAUGCAUUCCUCCAUAAUUUUAAAUUCAGAACAAAUUUCUUUUUUAUAUUGGUUCAAAUUAAAAUCAAGUUUUGAACUGAAAAUGUGAGGAACAUAGGUAUGAACUAAAUGCUUCUAGGUUCUAUGCCAAUUUCCCACCACUGUGUACUUCAUUGCUAUUUAAAACUCUCCUCCAUCAACUCUUAACAGAAGAAUAAAUUAUUUGUGAUUUUAAUUUUUUCAUUUGCUCCUUUAGAUUAGAUCUGUUUCACUCUGAUAUUUCAUUUGCAAGCAUUGCUGCAGUUUUUUAUUUUGUAGUUGUUGGUGCAGGAUAACCAAAUAGUAUUUGUAUUCUAGAACUUUAUCAAAAUUCUCUUCCCAUAGCCAAGUUAAUUAGAAUUAACUGUUCAGUAAUCAGUAUGUUGUUGUGCGUAGGCUGUUUGUUACAAAAUUCUCUCUGAAAAUGAUGGUCCAUGAGACUAUAAUCAAGAUGACUGAAUUAGAUAAAUGAGUUGAGACAAAAAAAACAUGCUGAACCCAACCUGCUAUAGAUAUGUUAUCUCAUUUAAAAUAAGCUCAACUGACAUUAAGAAAUAAUUUGUCUUUCCAGCCGAUCUUCUGUUGUCUUACUCUCAUUUUUAAUGGAAACUAAAAUUGCAGUUUUAAUAAGCAGAAUUUCCUCCAGGGUUUCUCUCCAAGGGAAUAAUGCAUUUUCAAGGUUUAAUUGUUUUAUAACGGUCCUAUUUUGUAAAAGUUUUUAAUUGGUGGUGACAAACAUUACCUUAUUCCUAUGAUAUUGUGUUAAAACAACAACUUAGGAGAUGGCUUCCCUUUGAUUAUUGGCAUUUUGUUUAAUGUAUUUUGAAAUCUAAACGAAGUAAAAUACCAAGAGAGAAGAAUACUGCAAAAUGACAAGUGUGAUAAACGGUUGAUGCAAGUGGCUAUUCUUUAGCAAAUGAAAAUCCAACCCAAAAUUUUCUGCCACGAUUGGCAGAAAAAUAUAAAUUACAUAAUUAUGGGCAGAGGAAAUCAAUAGUAGCAUAUAAUUGGGGGGGGGGGUUUCAACAGAAGUAUAUUAUUUACACCUGAAUUUUUAGGGAUAUAUAUUAUAUAUAUACAGCAACUAGGACUGAUGCAACUUGGGAGUCCAAGAAUAUCUGGAGGGUACCAGGUUGACUACCUUAGUUUUAUACAAUCAUGUAUACACACAUGCACACACAGAAUGAAGUUGAUGUAACAUGAUAUCCUAUGUUAAGAGUAGGAUUUCACCAUUCUGUUGUAGUGAAGUGAAUUCUAGUGUGCUAUACUGGUGAUUUUUAUAUUUAUUAAUAUAGAUUUUCAAAAGGCC